CCCGUACCGAAGGCCGUCGUGCGUUUCGUCGUUGUGUACGCUGUGCGUUGUCGAGUGCUUGUAAGAAUAAAUAUCACUUAGCCGCCGGUUGAUAAUUUGGUUCCGGACGACAGAGAGGCUACCUUUUCGGCUCCGGAAAAGCAUUAGCACAGACCCCCCCCGUGUGACCAUGUCGUGGAGGAAUUUGUGGGCGUGUGGUUGGGAUUCUACAAAUGAAGCUGCACCAUCGGACCAGCUGAGGGUGUCACUGGUACAGGAGCGGUCCGGCGUUGAUGGAGGGUUUUUGCUAGUGCAACUGAUCGCCUGCCAUCUGCGCGAGGGUCCGCAGAACCAUGUGCUAAUGUUUGCAUCGCAUCAUACGGCCGCUCAUUACAUUGGGGCCGCACAGAAGUUGACUUUUAACGCACGUAGCUAUAUCGAAUCAGGCAAGCUUCAACUGGUUGAUGUGAACGCGGAGUUGUAUGCGCAGUGUCCCAAACUUGAGCCCACCCAGUUGCUGACACAUCUUCGGAACCGGGUACGCGAUGUACCAGCCACAUCAAACACCGUUGUCAUCGUAGACGAUCUCAGCUUCUACACGAUCAUGGACCCGUCACCCGAGGCCGAGGACAGUGUGAUAGAUUUCGCGGAGGAACUAAUUGACAAGGCGCAACCCGGCAUCAGUCACGUCGUGCUGAAGGUGAACGCGGCGGAGUGCUACGAGCGCCUGUGUGCCACCCUGGACGACCUGGCCACCAUUUCCAUCCUGCUCGAACCGCUGCCGUCGGGCAACUUCCGCGAAGUGGAUGGGCGCAUGACGGUGCACGAGCGGAGGGCCGAGGAUCGGUCGUCGGGUCUCGUUUUGCGAAAGGCUCGCUGCAAUCUCCUGUACAAAGUUGGUGACCGCCAGGUACAGACGUUCGUCCCGGGAGAGUUUGGAAUAAAAAACCUAUGAAGGUGGUG